AUGCCCCGAAGAGACCGAUACUGUGCCGAUGACAUGGCAGUCGACACGGACGACGACAACCGAGACACAGAGAUGGGUGACAGCGUCAUUCUCAGCCGCAACAGAGAUACCCGCGAGCUCGAGGACGAAAUCCGCGACGAAGACGAGGUUCUGGAGGACGACCACGACGGUCUGGAUGACCUGGAUGACGAGGACGACUCACGACCAGGCGUCAGUGGCAGUGGAGGUGCCAGCGGUCUGCUGCGGUCGCUAGCAGGAGAAAUGGGAGGCAUGUCGUGGCAUAUGAAUUUCCAGGCCGAUCGGGUCAGAGAACUGCUGGACAAUGUCCGGCAAGCCGAAGAUGCAACCGUGAUGCUCAUUCUGCUGCAGGAAAUCUCGGAAGUGCUUCUUAUGUCCAACCAGGACAUUCUGCUCUACUCAUUCCCCGUCGACAACCUAUGUUCGGAAAUGGCCGCCAUCAUGACCAACCCCUUGUUUGAAGAGUCCCAGGACUGCGCCAUUAUGGCCUGCAGAACCCUGUACAACCUGUGGGAGGUGUCUCCAACGGUCUCAUCCAACAUUUGCAGCGCCGGCAUUGCCAAAAUCCUCGCUGACAAACUCACCAACCUCACAGACGUGGAUUUCGCAGAACAGGCCAUGCAGCUGCUGGAGAAACUGUCUAGCGACCAUCCCGAGUCGCCCGGACACGCAGAACAUCUUCUCCGACAGGGAUGUCUUCGAGCCGCACUCAUUCACCUCGACUUUUUCGCUACCCAUGUUCAGAGAUCGGCCGUUAACAUUGCCGCCAACUGCUGCAAGUAUCUGUCUGCAGCCAUGUUUGAUCAGAUACAGGAGGUGAUGCCAAUUCUCGCCAACACUCUGACUUCCAGCGACCAAAAGGUAGUUGAGCGAGGUUCCCAGGCCGUAGCCAGAACGAUCGAACGACUCGGAAAGUCGUGUGAUGAAGAAGACGUCUCCUUCGAGGCCAUUGUUUCGUCCGAACUUGUCACUCAACUCACAGCGCUCCUUGUCCAUGGAGACAGUGCCGCCCAAAGAACGGUUUUGCAGACCUUGGCGAUCAUUGCUCGUCAUAGUGAUAACCUGGCCGCCGAGAUUGUCAAGGCUGACAUCACCGGAGUGCUGCUACGAAUUUUGGGUAACUCUGGUUCCGAAAAGUUACUCACAGCACUGGUCAAGGCUCCCCCACAGCUCAUUGAGGAAUGCGUCAAACUGAUUUUCUCUCUUCUUCCAGACGCAGUGACCGUUGAGGGAUUCCCCGAUGGCCCCUUUAGAACAUCUCGAGCAUCUCCUACCCGUGCAGCAGUUCUCAAGCAACUCCCCAACUACAACUCUUUCUGUUCUUCUACUCUGCAUUUGUUGUUUGAGCUUUUUGCAGCCACCAUGACCGUUCGAGUGAAGCGGAAGAUUGUCUACUCGGUGAUCCGCUUGCUAGCAGCUUCUCCAUCGGAAACUGUCGUUGCUUUGCCAGAAGUUGCGGUUUUCAUUUCAUCUGUUUUGAACCAGUCUGAAGACGAUAGUCUCAUUCUAGGAGCUGUCGACAUGUCCAUUUUCCUGAUUGAGAACCACUCCGCAGAAUUUGGCCCCCUUUUUGCCUCUGAAGGCAUUCUGGAUCAGAUUUCAGCUAUUCCCCCUCCUCCCAAAUCAACAAACAAGUUUGUAGCGUUAUCUGCUGAUUCUGAUGACGACGAGGAAGACGAUAUUGUCUACGACUUCUCGUGCAACCUCAAGCCCCUCAUUGCGCUGUACAUUCAGCGAUUCGAGGGUCUCGUUGAGUCCAACAGUGUUACAUCCAACAACAACGGCGAUCUAGUUCAGAUUGCGUCGUUACUUGAUGGUCCCAACUUCAAACAAGGUCUUGAUAUGCUGCAGAGUCGUCUCCCCACUCUGUCCACUUUCCAGCUUACGCAUUCUGACGUGGUAGUUUCGCUUUUGCAAUCCCUGACGGUUGAGAAUGGCCACGGAGAUCUUGUAGAACGACGUCGACAGUUCCUUGAGACCUUCUGCUCCAACAAGGGCAGCCUGGAGUCGUUUGCGGUCUUGGUUGACAAGCUUUUGGAGGGUCUUGCUCGCACCGAGCGAUUUGAGGUGCUGACAUCUGGUCUUCCGGACUCUGGCAACCUUGAAACCACCCUUGGAAAGCAGGUUCGACUGAAUCUGGUUGCCGAGCGAGGCACGGAUCUGCCUAAACAAUACCGAAACAUGUUUGUGUCGAUCCAUGCAAUUGCGACGUUCAAGGCUGUGGAUGAUUUCUUCCGGUCCAAGGUGCAAACGUCGCUGGCGUUCGAGCAACGAAUGUCGUCGUUCAUGCGGCGGCGAUUCCGAGGUAGUGGAGGCGCUGGAGGAGGUACUCUUGAGCAGGCUCUUUCUGCCAUUGCUGCUGCCACCGGUAUGCCUCUUCCCAGCGGCAGCAUAGUCGGCGAGGAGAGUGACAGUGGAGAGGAUGAUGAGGAUGAGGAUAACGGAGGGAACGAAGAUGAUGAGGAUGGAGAGGAGGAUGGAAAUGGGGAGGUUGAUGAUAACGAAGACGACGAUGAAUCAUUGGGGUUCAGCGAAGAGGAAGAGGUUGGAGGGGACGACGACGAAGAGAUUGUUGAGGAUGAAGUUGGGGUUGUGAACGACGAUUCUGAUAUUGAGAUCGAUGAGACUGGUGAGGCCGAGGACGGCGAAGAGGAGGGUGAGAGAGCCAACGGUGCUGGUGAAGCUGAUGACGACGAGGGUGAGGGAGCCUCUCAGUCAUACGCUGAUGCAGCUGCUUCUUCUGGACCCAAGUGGCAUCUAACAUUUUCUAUCAAUGGACAGGAGGUGACUCACGAGACGACCGUGUUUGGAGCUCUUCUCAAGGCAUGUGGGUCUCCUUCUGAGAUCUGGAACACCAACUUUACCAUCAACAUCGAGAAGACGAAGGGAGCUCCUCCUGUUGUAGAUGAGCCUAAGUUUGAGUCCGAAGACAUCGUUCCCUAUUUGCAGUCCCCUGAAAGCUUUUCGGACUCUCCUCGAGCAGCUACCAUCAUGCAGCUUCUCAGUGCUCUCUACAACGUCAACCUUUGGAGUGGCGAAAUUGCUGGAAGCGUGUACAACCUUAACCCUUCGCAUUUCCUGUCUUCGAAGUUGACCGCCAAAUUCAACAAGCAGCUGGAGGAGCCCCUUAUUGUUGCUUCUCUUUGUCUUCCCGCUUGGACCGUGGACGCUACACGGCUGUACCCAUUCCUCUUCCCCUUUGAUGUUCGCCAUCGAUACCUGGAGAGCACUUCGUUUGGUUACUCUCGAAGUAUUCAAAAGUGGGAGGAGCACUACCGUGAGCGACGAAGCCACAAUGGCAACGACAGUUCGUCUUCUUCUCGUGAUCGAAACGACCGACCUCCCAUUGGCAAGUUAAUUCGUCAAAAGGUCCGAAUCUCUCGAAAGCACAUGUUCCAGAGCGCAAUUAAAGUAAUGGAGCUGUACGGCUCGUCUCCAAGUGUACUUGAAGUCGAGUACUUUGACGAGGUCGGCACUGGACUUGGUCCCACUCUCGAAUUCUACGCUACUGUGUCGCAUCAGUUUGCACACAAGUCGCUGGAAAUGUGGAGAGACGACACCCCUACCAGUGGUGCUGGUGGAUCCGAGGCGUUCGCCUUUUCACAGCAGGGGCUGUUCCCCAUCCCACUGAUCACCUGUUCCAACAACGAAAAGGUGCUCCAUCGGUUCAAGGUGCUUGGAACCUUUGUUGCUCGGUCCAUGAUCGACUCACGGCUGAUUGACAUUCAUUUCAGCACGACAUUCUUCCGACUGGCAUGUUUGCAGCUCAGUUUCUCUCCCACCAGCGAGACGCUGUUAGCCAUUGAUGAGCAACUCGGCAAGUCACUUCGGCAGCUACAGAGAAUGUCUCCUGGCGAGAUUGAACACCUAGGCCUGGACUUUACUCUUCCUGGUUUCCCUCAGGCCGAGCUGAAGCCCAAUGGAAGUCAGAUACCUGUAAAUGGAGACAAUGUCCAGGAGUACGUGGAUCUGAUUGUCGACCAGACAGUUGGUUCGGGCGUGUCCCAACAAAUUGAGGCGUUCAAGACCGGUUUCUCAGAGGUGUUCCCGUUCUCCGCAGUCUGUGCAUUUUCGCCAGCAGAGCUUGUGCUGAUGUGCGGUCCCAGUGUUGAGGAUUGGUCUCUUGAUACUCUAUCCGAGGCCGUGCACGCGGAUCAUGGCUUUGACCAGCGAUCCAAGACCUUCAUGAACUUACUUGAGGUGAUGAGUGAGUUCGACGAGUCUCAGCGACGUCAGUUCUUGUCGUUUGUGACGGGAUCCCCCAAGUUGCCUAUUGGGGGUUUCAAGGCUCUCAAACCCGGCCUGACGGUGGUUCGCAAGGCUUCCGAAAACGGACUGGGCCCAGACGAUUAUCUGCCCAGUGUCAUGACGUGCGUCAACUACCUCAAGUGCCCGGACUUCUCUACCAAGGAACUUUUGAGGAGUAGGCUGUUGCAGGCCAUUUCCGAGGGAGGAGGAGCUUUCCAUCUUUCCUGA